AUGAUAAUGAAGUGGCUAAUAAGUGGUGGUCUUCUGUUGGUCCUUUUCAUGGUUCUUGGGAUUCGGGCCGACGAAGACCUUGUGGUGGCCCCUGGUCCAGAAGGUGAUCCUGAGGAUAAUGAAGUGGUCGAGGAGGAGGCUGAAUACGACAUGUACAACAACACCCAGAUUAACGUUUGCAACAACGUGGCAGAUGGAGUAUUCCUGCCCUAUGUGGGAAAUUGCUCUAUGUAUAUCGAGUGUGAAAAUAACACCAUAAAGGAAAUGGGCAGCUGCUUGGAAUUGGAGGGCGCUUCAAAAAUGUGUGAUAACCCUCCGUGUGAUCUUGCCUACGACCCGGUCCUCCAGUUGUGCACCUACGCAGAUGUGGUCCAGUGCCUGCCCUCCUGCGAAUCCUUCCAAUUGAGCAGCUUCUGCUACGACAACACCUGCACGAAAUACGUGCUCUGCUACUACGGAAAACCCGUUCUACGGCAAUGCCAGGAUGGACUCCAGUACAACAACAGGACGGAUCGCUGUGACUUCCCCGAGUACGUGGACUGUGUGGCCAACGACUGCUCGGCCACAUUCCAGCCGGAGGACAUCAUCUACCUGGCCAGCAAGGCCUCCUGCAGCAAGUACUUCGUCUGCUCCGACGGCUAUCCGUGGGAACAGGAGUGCGCCCCUGGCUUGGCCUACAACCCGAUUUUGCGACUCUGCGACUUUGCUAAGAAUGUUAACUGCUCGAUUGAUGCUACGGCCAGGAAUAUUAUGCCCUAUUCCCGAUCUCCAUUACGCCGUGCUGACAUCAAGUGUCCCACUGUAGGAGUUCACUUCUAUCCUCACAAGUUCCGCCGCGAUGCAUACUAUUAUUGCGUCGAUGGCAAUGGGGUCACACUGGACUGUACUCCGGGUCUUCAGUACGAUCCCAAGGUGGAGGAGUGCCGCAGACCGGAAUACGUUGGUGCCUAA